GAACUUCCUUCUGGACGGCACCUCCUGCGCAAAGAACGCAGACGCCCAGCUGGAGAAUCUGACCGGGUAUAGCAAGAUACACACGAAGCCGCUCCAAGAUUCCAUCGAGAACUUUGAGCAGCUAAAGCGGAAGCUUCUGCACACGAAGUGGGAAUGGCCAUGGUUCGAUGAUCCCAUGCAGCCUCCGGACGGCCGCGGUUCGGAAGCAUGGUGGACCGAAGACACUGAAGUCAUCCACGUCAUCUUCUCCCUCAUCUCUGGAUUUCCUGGUCUGCCUUGCAUUGCUGGAGCAUCCCAGAUGGAGCUGAGCAGCUCGUGGGUUUCGAAGACAGGUAGAAAACCCGCGAGAGACGGGCAGGAUGCCGGCCGCCAGCGAGUGGAAGACGACAUUUGUCCGGUUCUUCUGUGUCAGCGGCUUUAG